GAAAGGCUUCACUGCAGCGACCUGCAAAGCCGGAAGAGGAAGAGUGAGGUUCGCGUGCAGGAGGCUGUCGCCUGCUGUCAGGUGCUUCUUGAACUCUUCAGUAAGACUCAACUGUUGUAUUUCGUGAUAUCCUGCUUUAACCCUUGGAAGAAAAUUUGCGAACAACCGAAAAUGACUUGAGCUGGAAAACUACUGCUUUAUCCAACAGGAGCAGCUUCGUGCCCUAUGUUAAUUGUCCCAUUUGGAUGCACCGUACACUAUGGUUCACGUCAAUGUGUUGAAAAAAAUUAUGUGUAUUCUUGUGGUGCUACUGGUUGCUCUGACAGUUUGUCUGUGGAGAGAGACAAGAAGAAAUUACUAUGUUUUCUUCAAGACCAAGAGUGAUGAUUUGCAGGUUCACAGGAGUUUUGGAAAAUGGAACAUAGUUAAAUCGCAGGGCUUUUUCCGUGAAGCAGCCAGUGAAAUGGGUCAGGAACCCAACACUUCGCCCAGUAACCAGAAUAAAGUAAAAGGCAGCAGCUCUGUGUCAGUGGAAAAGUCCAAGAAAGCAGCAGACUCUGUGAAGGUGUGGGAUAAGGACAGUUCAUCCAAGAAUCUCAUACCCAGGCUGCAGAAGGUCAGAAGGAACUAUUUGUCCAUGAACAAGUACAACGUGACUUACAGUGGGAAGAGGAACUCUGCUAAACUCAGCCCAGAGAAGCUGCUGUGCGAGCUGCGAGACAGGGUGAACAUGACGAUGAUACAGGGGUCAGAUGAUCCAUUUAAUACCUCUGCAUGGCAUCAGUACCUACCAAGGAAGAGCCUCGAUGAAGUGGUCGGCCGCCUGGGACGCUGUGCUGUUGUGUCCUCAGCAGGGUCUCUGAAAUCAUCUCAUUUGGGACCAGAAAUAGACAGCCAUGAUGCGGUCCUACGGUUUAAUGGGGCUCCUACCAGGGGAUUUAAAGAAGAUGUAGGGGAAAAGACGACAAUUCGCCUCGUUAACUCCCAGCUGGUAACUGUUGAGGAGCAGCAGUUCCUGACAGACGCGCUAUAUAACACUGGAGUCUUAAUUGUCUGGGAUCCGGCACCGUAUCAUGCAGAUAUUCAUGAGUGGUACAGAAAACCAGACUACACAUUCUUUGAAAACUACAAGCUGUAUCGGACUAGACAUCCUGAGCAGCCUUUUUAUAUCCUGAAUCCAAAAAUGCAGUGGCAACUCUGGGAUAUUCUGCAGGAGAAUUCCCUGGAGCACAUUCAGCCUAAUCCACCUUCUUCAGGAAUGCUUGGCAUUGUGAUCAUGAUGGCUCUCUGUGGCGAAGUGCAUGUGUAUGAAUUUCUCCCCUCCAAGCGGCAGACGGACAUUUGCCACUAUUACCAGAAGUUCCACGACCGUGCCUGUACCAUGGGGGCUUACCACCCCCUGUUGUUCGAGAAAAACUUGGUGAAGCACAUAAACCAAGGGACAGACGAGGACAUCUACACUUACGGGAAAGUGACUUUGCCCGGCUUCCGAAAUGUACAUUGUUAACGAAUCAGUCUGUGGUGUGUUUGGCCGUUUUUCUUGACAUUUCUCGACUGUCAAAGCACUUUUAAAAUCAGGGUUGUCAAAUUUGUUAGGUCUAAACGCUGCUGUGUUUUGACAGCUCUUCUGUAUUGCAGCAGCUGCUUUAGGACUCUGUUGCAUGCCGUCUUUGAACUUUAAGACCCUGUUGCGGUAUGUCCACUCGGUAUGUGCGAGCCGCUGCAAUAGGCUUGCUCCUCGUGGAGCCGGGCUCAUGCUGCAAACGGAUGUCAGCAUCUCGACCGAUGAGAGCGAACAGGAAACGCAGGAGAUGCUUUCUAAGCCGACGUCACCCAAGUUUGGAUCAAAUGCUGAUGCGAGUCAGGCUGCUUCAAAGGGACUAUGACAGCUGACAACCUGAUCCAUUUAAAAACAAGAAAAAAGUUUAAAAAGUUGAUCCCAUAGCCCUGAAGCCCUUUGGAGUAGGGCUGACUUAUGGAAACACUGUCAAGGCUGGGUACUGAUAAGCUAACCUCUUAGUCCAAAAUACUUGAUUUUAUGAACAGAACAGUCAUGGCAACUUUCUUUCAAAUUUUAAGAAUUCUGAAAUCAUGCUGGUAGCUUUAGCAAAUGAAGGGGAAGGCAUUCACCAUUCAGUGAUUCAUGCAAGGUAUUUUUAAACUUUUAACUUUUUUUAAUCAUUUAAAAUAAAUUUAUGUGAACAUUAACUUCUCCAGUACAGUGUUCUGCUUGGUACAGAAGAAGGCUCUUUUGUGAAACAUUCUGGGAAAGACGUUCCCCAAAUGGAACAUCUGUUUUGUGCCCCAAAGACACAAAUGGGAACCUAAAACAAGUUGCCUCCAUUGCAGCUGUACACAGCCUCUCCUGUGACGCUGUGGUGGAAGUGGCCCCUCCACAGGCUCUGUGCAAGUGUGAGGAGCACGCGCAUCCUCACCUGUCCUGCUCCAUACUGCUGCGUUCUGUGA